GGAUGUUGACCUAAAAGAAUGUAGACAGGUUGUCCAUGAGGCAAUUAAGAAAGGCAUCAAUUACAUCGAUACAGGUCCUUGGUAUGGUCAUGGACAGGCUGAGGAAAUAUUGGGAAAGUGUUUGGAGGGAAUUCCAAGGAAAGCAUACUACCUGGCUACAAAGGUGGGAAGAUAUGAGAAGGAUCCAUCGUUGAUGUUUGAUUUUUCUGCAGAAAAGUCAAAACGUAGUAUUGAAGACUCAUUGAGCAGACUAGGGACUGACUAUGUUGAUGUGAU